AUGCCUUCUAUCCUCUCCGACAACGACAAAGAGACAGUGAAGAGACACAUCCCGAAGAAUCUGAACAAGAUCCAGGCAGUGGCAGUAACGCGUUUGUACAUCGCAUAUCCCGACCCAAGAACAUGGACAUAUACAGGACUGCAAGGUGCGGCGGCCCUCGUCAACGACCUUGUGGGUAGUACAUUUUGGUUGAAGCUCGUUGAUGUGUCGCCCGCGGGUCGAGGGGUAAUAUGGGAUCAAGAGAUUUACGAUACUUGGUCUUAUAACCAGGACCGGACCUUCUUCCAUACCUUCGAGACGGAGGACUGCUUGGCCGGACUGUCCUUCGCGGAUGAGAAGGAGGCCAAGCAGUUCCUCAAGAAGAUGAACGACCGGGAAAAGAAUGCCAGCAAGAUGACAAAGUCAAACCCAUUCGGAGGCGGAGUACAGCAACCUACGAGGCAUGGACUAUUGGGAGGUUUCUUUGGUGGAAAUCGGCACUCAUCUGCGCCUGCGAUACAACCCACACCUCCAGACUCGCCAAGCUACACACUUCCACCAGCACAGAGCCAUCGAAUGUCUGGUGGUAGCUUCACUGGUGGAAAGUCUCAGUUCGCUGCAUUGGAUGCUAUAGAUCACAACUGGAGGGAGACAUGGGGCGACGAUCUGAAGCAAAUGGGAAUUACGGAUGACCUGAUUCGGGACAACCAGGACUUCAUUGCCGACUACAUUCGGCAACAACAAGCAAACCAGGCCGCUUCUGGAAUUGAGAACCAGAGGAACAGAGCUCCACCACCACCGCCGCCUCCAACAGGUCCCUCUCGCACUCAUUCUGAGAGUCCUCAAAGUGUAGUAUUAGGUCGUGGGAGGGGGGCCCCACCAGCACCUCCUCCAGCAAGAAGAUCUGCCACGAAAGUUGAAUCUGCAAGGGAACCAACUCCUCCAAGAGAACAAUCUCCACCCAGAGGCCCACCACCGCCUAGAUUUGCAGCACCUCCCCCAUUUCCAGAUGCUGGGAAAUUUGCAUACUCAAACAACAAGCCGGCACGACCACAUGCUGGAAGUUUGUCCAACCCAGGGCCCCCUCCACCACCCAGACCUCCGAAGAACCCAGUGGAAGAAGCAUACGAACCCGGAGAGUCAGGCUCGAGAUUUGGUGUACCUCCCCCUUUCAUGGGGGAAAGAAUUACGGCAGAAAGAAAACAAACGCCACUUCCUACACCGAGCCGAGGAGCUGUCCCUCCGCCCCCCCCUCAAAGAGAAUCUACAGGGCAUGCUCAUGCUGUUCCUCCAGCGAAUGGACUCCCUCCGCCUCUUUUGCCUCCCAAAACGGCUUCUGGUCCCCCGAUACCCCCACCAUCAGCAAGACCUGUGCCUCCACCCCCCUCGAGAACCAGCGGCCCACCCCCUUUGCCGCAAUCAAGCGCCCCUGCUCCACCGCCCUUACCAUCCUCAACUGCACCACCGCUGCCUCCUUUGCCACAGGCCUCCAGCACCCCCACCACCCCCACCAGAUCAAGUCAGGCUGCGAUACCAGGGAGUGAUACCGGACCAGCGGGUAGUGGUUUGCCCCCUGCUGGUGCAACCGGAGGGGGCGAUGGUGGUUUGGCUGGUGCAUUGGCAGCUGCUUUGAAUAAGCGGAAGCAGAAGGUUAGCGCAAGUGAUGAUGAGGCGGAUGACGAUGAUUGGUAG